AUGGAUUCGGUGUUAUCACUCACCAAAAUUUCAACUAUCUAUCCUGGUGUUCAUUAUCAGGACAAUCAUGCUUCACUCCAACCGAUGUCCCUCACCAUUUUCUUUCCCGGUACAUUUCCACGACAGACUUUAGAAAGGAACAUUCCUAUCCACAUAUCAGUAUCCAUCAAUGAGGAGUAUAGAUCAUUCAUCACACCGGUCAUAGAGGUCACAUCGAAAGCUCUACACUGCCGUGGUAGUUCACUACACUCGGACAAUCCUACUUAUAUCGCACCAAAGUUGCAUUUGUCCCAAGCUAUGUUCUGUGACGACAAGACCAUUAUACCAUUCCUCCCACUCCUGCCUUCAUUUGACUCUGUUGAUCGAGCCCAUUGGGAAUCAGUAUUGCAGCAAAUCCAGGAAUGGCUCACCACCAAAGUUGACACAGAAUCAUUGCUGUGGACAUGGGGAUGCGACACUUUCUGGCUGACGUUCGUUGCCGCCCAUCCGUCCUUCCUGAUGGGCAAAUGGCCGAUGUGGGACCCUUGUAUUCCACUGGAGGGAUCAUUCAUCGAACAGUGGUUAGAGCGUUCAAGCGACGGUGGUGCUGAUGGCGCUGAUGAGGAGGCUCUGACCCAGGUAGUGAAUAAUAUAUGGGACGAAUUUUGCAGACACGCGGCGCUCUUCUAUCCCCUUCCCCUCAUUGCCUUGGAUUGA